CCAAAUUCGCAGCGUGGGGAAAGAUAAAGACUUCGCCUGUGACCAGUGCCCAGGUCCGGCAGGUGUGUGGGGGAAGGAGCGUUUACAGUGGCCGGGGAGCACACGGUGUAGAAAGUGAAGAGUUGAGAAAAAUCUGGCGUGGAGUUGGAGGUGAGAGAUCUGAAGACUUAUUGUCUCCAGAUAUCUCUAGGGGAUCCUGUGAGGAGGCGGGGCAAGGCUGCUGUUCCUUGGAGUUGAGUAUGUUGGGCAGGGGGUGAAGAUGUGGCUGUUAUGCACAGAGCAGGGAUUGGAUAGUCUGGUCCCAGAAGAACUUCCUGGUGGGUGAAUAGUGGGAGUAGCUGGGGAAAAAAAGGGAAGUGGAGGAAGGAGUGAGCUGGCAGAAGAGUGUCAUUGUUGAGUGUCACUAUAUAAUUGGCAUUCAUGUCGACUCACCUUUGACCAUGAAAGAUCACUGUUCACACCUGUGCCGAAACUGGGGCUGCCCUGGGAAGCCUGCACCACAGCCUGUCUUGUGCUGGACUACUGACUGUAGGAGGGCUUGCUUGAGCAACAGAAUAGUGUUUUAACUGAUAGGAUCUCAUUAGCUGUGUGCCUUGGACCAUAAUCAUUUUUUUUUUUUUGGUUGACCAUCAUCCUUUUUAAAAAUUCAGAAAAAUAUAUAUAUAUCAACUUGCUUUCAUUUUGCCAGAGUGAAUCUUAUUGGAGUGAAGAGAGGCUGUCCUGGGUGGCCAGAGCUGUGUGCACUCAUCUGGCCUCUCUUCCCCUGCUGCUACCUAAAUCUAUUGCUGGUUCCUGGUGCUGACCCUGCCCCAUGGGCCAUAAACCUUCAAGUUGAGCCUCUUCCCUACAACUGUUCUUGGUAUCUUCCUGCUAAUAAAGUCUACCAGGAUGUGACCUCUUCCUUCUUGGUGGUAUUGAAAUUGCCAAAAGCAGAGGAGCAAGAUACAGGAUUGGACCUGAGCUGGAAAUAUGUGGCUAUGGAUGUUGGGAUCAUUAUUACGAGUCGGACACCCUCUUGCAUUCACUUCAAGUCCUGGCGACCCUUCUGGAAUCUCCAGUCACCCAGGAUAUCAUCUGUGACGUGGGGAUGUAAGUGCCAUCAUGAACGUGUAGAUGGGCAAGCUCAGAAAAAAGGCCUGUGAUGCACCGAAAUGUCCGCUACAACUGCAGAGUCAUCUUUCUCAACAGGAGAAUCCUGCUCAUCAGGCCCAAGAUGGCCCUAGCAAAUGAAGCCAACUACCGAGAGCUGCGCUGGUUUACUCCAUGGUCCAGGAGCCGGCAAGUAGAGGAGUAUUUCCUCCCUCGGAUGUUGCAGGACCUGACAAAGCAGGAAACCGUGCUCUUUGGGGACGCCGUGCUGGCCACUUGGGACACCUGCAUCGGGAGCGAGGUCUGCGAGGAGCUCUGGACACCACACAGCCCACAUGUUGAUAUGGGCCUGGAUGGUGUGGAGAUCAUCACCAAUGCUUCGGGCAGCCACCACAUGCUGCGCAAAGCCCAUGCCAGGGUGGACUUGGUGACCAUGGCCACUACCAAGAAUGGUGGGAUAUACCUGCUGGCCAACCAGAAGGGCUGCGAUGGUGACCGUCUCUACUACGAUGGCUGUGCCAUGAUAGCGAUGAAUGGGCGCAUCUUUGCUCAGGGGUCCCAGUUUUCUCUGGAUGAUGUGGAGGUCCUGACUGCCACACUGGACCUGGAGGAUGUAAGGAGCUACAGGGCCGAAAUCUCUUCUCGGAACUUGGCGGCCAGCAGGGUGAACCCCUAUCCCCGAGUGAAGGUGGACUUUGCCCUCUCUUGUCAUGAUGACUUGCUGGAGUCCGUCUCUGAGCCCGUGGAGUGGAAAUACCACAGGCCCGAGGAGGAGAUAAGCCUUGGACCUGCCUGCUGGCUCUGGGAUUAUUUAAGACGAAGCCAACAGGCGGGGUUUUUCCUGCCCCUGAGUGGUGGUGUGGACAGUGCAGCUACUGCCUGCCUCAUCUAUUCCAUGUGCCACCAGAUCUGUGAGGCAGUGGCGAGAGGAAAUCAGGAAGUGUUGACUGACAUCCGGGCCAUUGUGGAUGAGAGCAGCUACAUCCCCCAGAACCCUCAGGAGCUGUGUGGACACGUACUGACCACCUGCUACAUGGCCAGCGAGAACUCUUCCCAGGAGACGUGCAACAGGGCCCAAAAGCUGGCCCAGCAGAUCGGAAGCUACCACAUCGGUCUCAACAUUGACCCAGCUGUGAAGGCCAUUGUGGGCAUCUUCAGCCUGGUGACAGGGAAAAGCCCUCUGUUUGCAGCUCAUGGAGGAGGCAGGAGGGAAGACCUGGCAUUGCAAAAUGUGCAGGCUCGGAUCAGGAUGGUCCUCGCCUACCUGUUUGCCCAGCUGAGCCUCUGGUCUCGGGGCACCUGUGGGGGGCUUCUUGUGCUCGGAUCUGCCAAUGUGGAUGAGAGUCUCCUUGGCUACCUGACCAAGUACGACUGCUCCAGUGCGGACAUCAACCCCAUCGGUGGAAUCAGCAAGACUGACCUGAGAGCCUUUGUCCAGUUCUGCAUGGAGCGCUUCCAGCUUCCCGUGCUGCAGGACAUCCUCUCAGCGCCAGCCACUGCAGAGCUGGAGCCCUUGGCCGACGGACAGGUGUCCCAGACAGACGAGGAUGACAUGGGGAUGACAUACUCAGAGCUCUCAGUGUAUGGGAGGCUCAGGAAGAUAGCCAAGGUAGGGCCCUACAGCAUGUUCUGCAAGCUCCUCAACAUGUGGAAGGACACCUGUACCCCGAGACAGGUGGCUGACAAGGUGAAGCAGUUCUUCUGGAAGUACUCUGUGAACAGACACAAGAUGACCACACUCACGCCUGCAUACCAUGCGGAGAACUACAGUCCUGACGACAAUAGGUUUGAUCUGCGGCCCUUCCUGUACAACACACGGUGGCCAUGGCAGUUCCGUUGCAUCGAGAGUCAGGUUCUACAGCUUGAGAGGAAAUCAAGACAGGACCUGGAUGGCCCAGACUGAGGGUCACACCUGCCUGAGGCCUCCCUUCCCUGGGAUCCUUAGUGUGACGUCAGCAUAAGAGCCGCACAUGCAUCAGUUUUAUUUCAUGUUUGGAGUGAGAGAGGUGUUUUCAUUGUAAUUCCCUCAAGAGAAGCUAAAAUAAAGCAAAUAUGUUCUUUAA